AUGGUGUUUGGAAAAAUAUGUCACCUACCAACUGAGUUAGAGCACAAGGCAUAUUGGGCGAUCAAGAAGCUGAAUUUGGAUUUUGAGUUAGCAGGUAGGAAGAGAAUCACACAAUAUUACGAGUUAGAAGAGCAUAGGCUUCACAGCUAUGAAAAUGCUAAGAUGUACAAAGAGAAGACUAAAAAGUGGCAUGACAAGCGUAUUGUAUCGCACACCUUAAAGCCUGGUCAACUAGAGCUACUAUUAGAUUCAAGAUUGAAGUUGUUCCCUGGAAAUAUUCGAUCUAAGUGGAGUGCUCAGUUUAAGGUAGUAAGAAUUACCCAACAUGGUGCUGUAGAGUUGAGAAACAACGAUAAGAGCUCUACUUUCCUUUUAAAUGGCCAACGGGUCAAACAUUUGUCACAUCCGGUUUUACCCCCAAGACGUAACCGACAUUGUCGUCCUCUUUGA